AAGUCCCCAGAGGAAAAAAAGGAAAUCGGAAGCUGCAGGAACGAGUGAGCAGGUUGACUUGCUGGCCCUUGGCACAGCAGUCGGUAGCAUCUUAUUGUACAGCACAGUCAAGGGAGAACUGCACAGCAAGUUAGUAAGUGGUGGACAUGACAACAGAGUCAAUUGCAUACAGUGGCACCCAGACAGCAGCUUGCUGUAUAGCUGUUCAGAUGACAAACACAUUGUGGAGUGGAACGUGCAGACUUGCAGAGUAAAGUGCAAGUGGAAAGGCGACAACAGCAGCGUCAGUGCCCUGUGUCUCAGCCCCGACGGAAAGAUGCUGCUCUCAGCUGGUCGGACAAUCAAACUGUGGGUUUUGGAGACCAAAGAAGUCUACAGACACUUCACAGGGCAUGCGACGCCGGUUUCAUCCCUGAGGUUCACUACCGUGAGGCCUCCCAACGAGAGCCAGCCCUUCGAUGGAAUCACGGGCCUCUACUUCCUGUCUGGAGCAGUGCACGACCGGCUGCUUAAUGUCUGGCAGGUCCGGUCAGAGAGCAAAGAGAAAAAUGCGGUGAUGUCUUUCACGGUUACGGACGAGCCUGUCUAUGUUGACGUGACUUUGUCAGGAAGCAAAGAAGAGCCUGUCAAGCUGGCUGUUGUCUGCAGAGAUGGUCAGGUCCAUCUUUUUGAACACGUGCUGAAUGGAUACUGCAAAAAGCCUUUGACUUCAAACUGCACGAUUCAGAUCGCAACCCCUGGGAAAGGCAAGAAGUCACCACCAAAGCCCAUCCCUGUUCUAGCUGCUGGUUUUGGCCCUGACAAGUUGUCCCUCCUGCUGGUGUAUGGCAGCUGGUUCCAGCCUGCUGUGGAGCGAGUGGCUUUAAACUCCAAAGAACCUCAUAUGUGUUUAGUAAGAGAUCUUUCAAACUGCUGGGCCCCAAAGGUAGAAACAGCCAUAACAAAGGUGAGGACACCCGUGAUGAAUUCCGAAGCGAAAGUGCUGUUGCCGGGCAUUCCGGGCCACCACGCAGCCGUCAAGCCCGGGCCUCCACACCCAGAGCCGGGAGAGGGCAAGCGGAAGUCAGGGGGCAACGAGGUUAGCAUCGAAGAGCGCCUGGGAGCAAUGGAUAUAGAUACAAAAAAAGGAAAAGACAACCUUCUCCAGACCAAUAGCUUUCCGGUUCUCCUUGCACAGGGCUUAGAGAGUAACGAUCUUGAAAUGCUAAAUAAAGUACUCCAGACGCGGAACCUGAACCUCAUCAAGAAGACGGUGUUGAGGCUGCCGCUGCGCACGGUCAUUCCACUGCUGCAGGAGCUUACAAAGAGGCUGCAGGGACACCCCAAUAGUGCUGUUUUAAUGGUCCAGUGGCUAAAGUGUGUGUUGACAGUCCAUGCUUCCUACCUGUCCACACUGCCCGACCUGGUACCCCAGCUGGGGACGCUCUACCAGCUAAUGGAGAGCAGAGUAAAGACUUUCCAGAAGCUCUCGCACCUCCAUGGGAAGCUCAUCCUUCUCAUCACGCAGGUCACGGCAUCCGAGAAGCCCAAGAGCCCGGCUACCCCCGAACAGAAAGCGAAGCUGGUGUAUGAGGAAGAGUCUUCGGAAGAGGAGUCUGGUGAUGAGCUGGCAGACAAGGCCUCUGACGGUGACUGGGAUGAAGAUGAGGAAGAGGAAGAAGACAGUGACAAAGACAGCGAUGAGAGUGAGGAGGAGGUAGAGGAGGGUGCUGAGGAAAAGGAUGAAGAGAAUGGUGAGGACAGAGACAUGGCGAGUGAAAAGGACCUAAAUGGAGACUCGGACUUGGAUCCUGAGAAUGGGAGUGAAGAAGAGUGAAGGCCACGGCCAGCCCUGGACCUCUCUGAGCCCUGGCUCACCCUGCCCAGCGGCACCACAUUUUCCUGGGGCAGGUGGUCUGUGUGGACCCAAGGAUGCCGUGUCUCCACGGCUUGGCUCCGGCCCCCUGCCACCCUGCUGUCCCAAGCACCCCAGACCCGGCUGUGUAAAUAAGAGUGUUCAUUCAAAUGUUAAUAAACUUUACACAGUGUAUAGACACACUUCUGCAGUGUAUGUACUGACAUGAGUGUCCAGUAUAUGGCAUCCUUGUAUAACGUGGCAUCCUAGCGUGGUUGACGUAAGUGAAGCUUCCUCCCACGGGGCAAGACCUGGCCGUGGUGGGCGUCCACUUGGACCCCAGGUUGGUGUCUGUCAAGUCCACGUGCAGAGCAGCACUAGUGACAGGCUUUAAAUUUGGUUCAUUUUCGUAAAAUAGGAAGGGAACUAAAAACGAGUAAAACGAUUGUGAUCUUAAAAACUUCCUGGCGUCCCUAGCUUGUCUAUGGUGGCAAUCUGACUCGAGUCGGAUGGAAUUUCUGGAGUGCUUCCCCAAAAUAACCACUUAUUUUUUAAGCUGUCAUGUAAAAUAUUUUUUUAAAACAAAAAAUUUACGGUAAUUAAAUACUAAAGAUCAGCCAUAUUAAGGAGUUUUCUUGAUUGCGAUUCGCCUGUAAAGAUUCCUGAGUGGAUACAUGCAGGUGCUCGGGACAUGUGACUCUGAAAACUUCCAUUAGAGCUGCUUUUGAAGAGGUUUUCAUUUUUAUUUAAAUUACUAAUGGAUCAAAGAACAAUUGUUUAUUUUUUCUCUUUGGUUUUAGAUAUUAACGAUAACCUUGUUGGAAUUUUUUUCCAAAGAAGAUAUUUUUAUAAUUCAGUAAUUUAAUGUUUUCCUUUUCAUUACCUGCUGUUGGCAGUGGUAGGGUAUCUGUCUACCUUUAAGAUUAUACAUAUACAUCUGACUCAAGAUUUUUAUGUAUGUAUACAUAUGUAUUUUGGAGCUCUACAAAAGCCUUUUCAAGUUAUCUGUACAUUUUUUUUUAAAGAACGAGCCCCUGUUUUCUUAGUGCUCCUUGUAGGACGUGUGCCCAGAAACUCACUGAUGCAGGCUGGGCAGUUGGGCUUCCCCCCCCCCCCGGAAUAUGUAAAACAAAACUUUUUUCCAGAGACUUUUGAAUACCAGUCGUAGAGCAGGUUCUGUGCACGGUGGGUCGAGCUGGCACCAGCGAGCGUCAGGAGGCAUCUUGAAGCCAGCCUGGUAUGUGCAGCCUCUUGUCUGUACAUGCAGCUGUCAAUGGCAGUUUAAUACCAUUCUCUUUGUAAAGUGAAUAAAUGCUCAUCUCUAUCCUGCUUGUCUUGUACUGUGUGUGGAGAAUACAGCCACGUUCAGGGGCCUGCCUUGUGGGGGCUUGACGGCAGCCUCACCCUAUCACGGGAGGAGGCGUGCGCCUUCAGGCUAUGCAGUGACCCAGAGUGGUGUGGGGCUGGUGUCGACUCCAUGGCUCUCGGGUGGUGCCCCACAUACAGGCUGAGGGCUCAAACCAUCGUUGGGCACCCUGCAAGUCCCACCUCCACCGACUCGCCUUGAGGUUAAGGACCACAGCUACAUGGCACGUUCUUACUAUUUUGGAUUAGACAAAUCAGAAGUAAACAGUGUGUUACAAAACAA